AUGAAAACCCCGUCAAAUCAGUCUCAUUUACUGGACUUGUGCCACAGUAGAGUAAAAAAAUAUGCGGAAAAAAGACACGUAAUUGCCCACGAAGUUCAAACAAAUCCGGAGUUCCUGACCGCAGGAGUUCUUGUUCCAAUUUUUAUCAGAGAGGGAUCUCUUUAUACCCUUCUCACAUUGAGAUCUGAGCAUUUACCCACUCAUAAAGGAGAAGUUGCAUUUCCUGGAGGAAAAAAAGAAGAUGACGAUGAAGACAUUGUAGCCACAGCUUUAAGAGAAGCUCACGAAGAAGUUGGUUUAUCUCCGGAGAUAGUACAAGUCGUUGCAGUAUUGAGUCCACUGACAUCGCGUGCGAGAGCAAGGCCGAUGUACGUGUAUCCGGUAAUUGGCCUCGUAAAGUCACAAUUUGACUUAGUAAUCAACAACUCCGAGGUUCAGACUACAUUUGAGGUCCCUCUGGAGUUUUUCCUUUCGAAAGAAACACAUAAACGUGAUAAAAUGAAUUUCAAAGGCAAGACAUUUGAAUUUCAUUUCUUCCUGUAUGACACAGGUGUAGGUGAAGGCGAGAGCCAAAAAGAAAAUUCGACCUUCCAUAUUUGGGGAUUAACUGCUUCAAUUUGCUUAAGGGUGGCUAUGGUAGCUUUGAGUAAACUACCCGAGUUUGACCUUGAAGAACACUACACAGAACUUAUGCAGUACAUAACAGAGAUAAAUGGAAAUGAUGAUGAUGAUGAUGAAUUAAAACCUCUGAGUAGAAUGUGA